CUGUGAUCGCUGCAUCAUUGAAUAUUUACUUUUCACAGCCACUUUUGCAGCUUACAUGGCUUUUACGUCGGUUUACAGCUUGAAUGUAAUAAUACUUGUUGGCAUAAUUUGGUCGAGAGUGUCCAUGUGCUAAUCAAUGUUUUAAACAACCGUCACAUCGGUUGCAAGAGAUGUCAGAAUUUUAAUUGAAAAUGGCAGACGAUCCAAAUCGUGAUAUUGUGCCCGUGAAGGAAGGCUCUUGCGCGGACACGAUUAACAGUGCUAUAGAUCCCAGAGAGCGUCAUCUCGUGUGCAAACUCGAUCGUUAUCAGCUAGAGGACAAAUAUCUACGUUUAUUCGAGGAAGCAAAUAAUCUGAAAAAAUUAUCAAACUGUCAGGAGGAUAAGAUCAAACGGCUCGGUACAAAACUAAUUAGACUAGCUGGUACUCCAAGACCGUGCGGAUUAGUAUUAGAUAUUGCUGACGAUAAGAACAGAACGGCUGCACUUGAGCUCGAAAAUACCAAGUUAAAGGAAAAAAUUACUGUAAUGAGGAAUCAGUUGUUGAGUCACACGAUAAACGGUAGAUCAUCGUCACGCAGUCGUAAUAUCGCCAGACCAACGUCUUCUGGAUUCAUGACGUGUCGAAGUGAGAAUAAUCGCGCGAGGAUACCGUCCUGUCAGUGUGUUGUUGCAACAGCGGACGAUGACAACGACGUACAAAAUUAUCUUGUUAAAAUCGAGAAACUGGAGGCGCAGAAGAAAGAUAUGGCAUGUCAUAUAGCGGAGAUGGAGAAGGAGCUGGCGCUUUCGACUUGCAAUCAGAAGGAAAAGGUGGCGGAGAACGUGGAGUAUAUACGAGUGUGGCGACAGAUGAAGCAGCUGAAUGAUAAAUUAAUAACGGCUCAGGAGAAGAACACCGUGUUGACUACUGAAAUUAACGAGCUGAAAAUUACUCUUGAACAAACCACGAGAAAUAAUCAAGAGAUCACGGCUGUUCUUACGUCGGAGAGGACGCGUAUAGCUGAGAUCGACGACCAGAUGUUAAAAGCGAAAAAUUCGCAGCUCACAUUACGCGAGAAGGACGAGCAGAUAAAGGAUCUUAUGAACGAAAUAAAAAUAUUGCAGCAACACAAUAAUGAACUUAUUGCACUCACUUCAAAAUACGGCCAAGUCGAGUUGGAAAAUAUCGAACUAAGAAGAAAACUUUCUGAACACGCACAGGAACAACAGAUCUUAAAGACUGCAUUCAACAACGAACAAGCUAACAUCAUAGCGUUAAAAAGUACCAACGAGCAAUUGCUUGCAAAACUUCAAGAUUUGCAGGCAAAUAUAGACACCUUGACGGUACAGUUAGCGACUUUUCAUAAGCAAAAUGAAAAGCACGGAGUUACAAUAAGGACACCGUCAGACGUGUCCACGAAUAUGCAAUCCAUCAGUCUACCAGAACAGUGCAAGAAAUGUUGCGAGAUGUACGACAAAAUUACGCGAGGAAAAGCUCUCGGCAGCACUCGAGAAAAUGAUCAAUUGGUGGAUAAAUCGAUACAAACGAUAACGGUUAUCACUAAUGUAAGGACACAGAGCACAAUGACAAUUUCGGAAGAAAAGGAAGAGAAGACAUCGCCGUUAAAGGAAUGGAAGACGAAUGAGGAAACAAACGGCGCGAAUGUUUUAUCCCGAGAGAAAAUACUGAAGCUGCUGGAUCAGGCGCAGAUUAAUAUGCCCCUGGAUGCAUCGAGGGUCGCUUCGAAGGAAGAAUACACGGGCAUCUUGGACAUGGCUCAGAGACACAGCGACGGAGAAAUAUCUUCUCGAACAUUUCGUGAUGAAUCAAAAUCUGUGCAGAAGAGUUUGCGAAAGAAACUCGCCGUUUUGGAGAAUCCGAACAUAACGUUAGGUCAGAUCUUUUUGAUUCUAAUCGACGUUUGGCAAGAAUAUAUAUCGUUUAAUAAUAUCAACGAGAGAACAAGCCCGAAUCAAGUUUUCACGAUCGAGAAUCCACCAAUUGACAUGAAUAAUAACAAUCUUACUACAAUGACUACUCAUGAUGUUAAACAAAUUGACCCUAGCGCAGAUACAAAUUCCGACAAAAAUUGCGAAACGGACGAGUAUUUUCACAAAGGUACAAAGACAAGCGAUUGCACUUGCAAAAAUUCCAAUAACUGUUGCACGACUUUAGAAUCCGAUUAUUGUUAUUGCACGAGCUGUACGUCUCGAUCAACUGCCGUUUACACCGACGAUAGCACGAAUGUCGCGUACGAAGGAAAAUCUGCAACCAUUUCCACGAGAGAUAUCGGUUCGUCGACAAAAGACACGAUCGACGCUACUUUCCUUUCCACGAUUUAUGAGAAGUGCAAAAAGUCAUUCGCGUACCGCGAUAACAGUAAUAACUUUUGUGCGGAAAAAGCCGCGAGAAUGUUGAAAAGACCGAAAUCGCCGCGCUCUCCUAGAUGUAAUUUAACGUGCCACUUGCGAAGAGCAAAGAACUCGCAAGAGAAGCAGAAAUUACCCUGCAGGCAGGAAUGUCUGAACGAUAGCAUGCCAGUGUAUCCAAUGGAGUCCUUUCCUCUAUUAAUAACAGACAGGCAAGGCCUCAUCGAAAUCCAUAUCUCGCGAUUGCAACUUUUCACGUCGAUCGCAAAAAUCCCAGAAGAAGAAGACAUAUGUAAUCUGCACAUUUACAUAAGUUGGGACAUCUGGGACGAAAAGACGGCCUACACGCCACGAAUGAAGUGCCCCAAUCUCGUCUUCAACUCGUCCUCCGUGUACCGUAUAGCGAACCUCUUCUCGUUUUUUAAGAACGUGCUGUCGGAAUAUCUGGUCUUCAGGGUGAACAUCGUUCGUCCCAACGAUACCACCUGCACCCUCGCCCGGGCGAAAGUCUCCAUCAAAGACAUCCUGGAUUAUCCGCAGAACAAAUUGCAUUACAUUGUACCUGUGAACAGCGUCAUUUCUUGCUUCUUCGGCGUUAAUUUUGGCCAGCUGUCGCUCUGGGUGCGAUUGAGCUGCAACGUCGACAUGGUCAAAGCCUUCAAGAAACAAUGUGGUAUCGCUUCGCGACAGAAUAGUCUCGUGCCGUCCGUGGAAAAGGAUGUGACGGCGCCCAGGGUUUUGGAUGAAAAGGAGACUCCGGUUCCCGAAGACUCGAACGAUCAGCACGUUCAAUCGACCUUGGAUUCAAAUUUUGAAAAUAAAAUUGAAAACUCGGAGGAUGAGAAUUUUUACAAUUCAGAUGAAGGAUUUUUUUCGCCCGUUAACGACACGACUAAAGCGUCCGAAGACGAGAAUGGAAUUGUUUCGAUAAAAAGAUUAGGUUUUGAAGCGGAUGACAGUAUCACGGAAACAGAAAACGACACUGCAAGAGAUUCAUCGAGUGUAAAGGAGUUUAGGUCUCUACUCGCGAAUCAAGUUCAAAAGGACACGAUAACCAUAGAAAUAGUAAGCAUGCAAUUUUUGGAGGAAAGUUUUGUUAUGCAAGAUGACGAGAUACAUUUGCUUUACAUGGAAUAUUGCUUUCUCGGGCAUUUCGGCGAAAAUAUGGAGACUAUUUCUAUAGAAAAACCAAAAACCGCUAAUCAAGAGAUGGUCUACAAUUUUAGAAGAAAAUUUUGGAUCGACGAAGAGACGCAUCCCUUAGAAAGAAACAAUUUACGUGCCAUGUUGAGCGAAUCUAUAAGUCCAAACAUUCAGUUUGUUGUAAUUAGCGAACCGCUACCCGAGGAAACCGAAGUUAAAGAGUGCGAUGAGAUCGGUUAUGCGAUUUUAAAUAUAAAAAAAUAUGCAGUCCACGAUGACCGCAGAAAUAUAUCAUUGCCGAUUACGGAUAAUCGAAAUAAACAAAUUGGUGUGCUGAAGAUUAUUGUGUCGGGUUUUGGUGCCAUUCGCCAAUGUUUAUCGGAAGUUAAGGAAAAUCGCUUGUGAUAGACAAUAGUGAUGUGGCAAACGGUUGUUAUGUGAGUAACUCGUGUUGAAUUAACGUCGAGAGAUCAAUGUUUUGAAUAAGAAAAAUGUUUCAAUGUCAAAUAAGUAGUGAAGAUAUGUAAAAAUUUAU